AUGUUCCCAAGGAGAGUCGAUACCUACAAAUAUGGUGCGCGACGCAAUGACCGAAGGAGCGACUAUAGGAGAAGAGACGAUUAUCAUAGAGAUGAAUACAAAAGACAAGUCGAUAGACGUACGAGCGAGAGAAUUAAAGAGAGGGAAAGAAGAAGUGAGCGUAGAAGUAGUCCCGCAAAGAAAAGCUGUGAGAGAGUGGAUAGAUACCCCCGCAGACGACAAGGAGAAGAUGCGACUAAAAAGACGGAGCCGGAUAAUCGUAAAGCGGAGAGGAGUGAUGAUAAAGGAAGAAGACGAAGUCCGAAGGUUCGCCCUACUUCCAGAAGAAGAGAGCCUGUUCCGACCAGCUACAGCUUUGAUUCUGACUCGGUGCUCACCGGUCCCAGCACGAUCACCACAACUUACAGUUCAGCGAGCAGUCCAUUCAUAGGAGGCGCGAGCAGUCAAGAGCAUGGAAACGACGGCCAAGUAUUAAAGACCCCCAGGCAUCCUAGUGAAAUUGGGCAUAAGAAACACAGGAAACAUCGUAAGCAUAAGAAAUCCUGCAAGGAAGAUAGCAGCAGAAGCAGCGAUCAUGUGAUAAGGACUCCGAGACAUCCUUUCAAUAUCGGACAUCCUAAAAAUUCGGACGAGAAAUCACACAAACAUGAUGAAAAGGGAAGGACUUCGAAGCACUCGCACGGAGAAAGCAAGAAUCCAGCUGGAGAAGGUCCUUUCAAACAUUCUGAAGAAACCGAAAAACCUCUCAAGCGCUCGGAGGAUGAAAAAUCUCCUAAGCAUUCUGGUCACAGGAGAGCUUUGAGACAUUUCGACGAGGAGAACUCUGCCAGGAACGUUGAGCAUGGCAAAACUUCUAAUCAUUCCCAGGAGAAGGCAGCUUCUAGGUAUGUUUAG